AUGGCGAGACACGUGCCUCAGCUGGACCUGCGUAACACCCUCGUCGGGUCGAUUGAAAAGGGGAUUAAUAUUGUUCCGGGGUUGAGGACUUCUACUGCAUUCUUCACAUUCCUCCGCGCAAAUCUCGUCCUCCCAUCCUCAACUCUAAACUCCAACACGAACACCCCCCUCCUAUCACCCUACUCAUCACAAUACCUACCACCACUCCACACGCUCCCACCAUCCUCCCUCUCCAUCAUGUCGUCCUCCUCCUCGCCCGUCAACACCCCCUCCACAUCCUCCACCCCACCUUCAAACCCACUCGACUCCAUUCCUCCCCUCACAACCACCAUCCUAACAACCGACGACGACAAAACCGCAGCCCUAAAGCUCGUCGCAGACUCCAUAGCCCAGCAGCGGCAAGCCGCCUCUAAAGCAAUUAUCUUCCAUCCCUUGACCCUAGCUAUCUACGCCAUUGCUCUCGGCAUAGUGACCAAACUCCUAUACAAAGUCCCCAACGAUAUCGGUAUCGUCUUCACAACCUGCGCAGGAAUCACAAUGGCAGGAAUGAUAGCCAUCCGCGGUGCAGUAGGUGGUUAUCUUUCUCUUGCCGAGGAGUUGAAAUGGAGUUUUCUCAAGAAUGACUCGGGAGAAGAGGAUAUAGUGCUAGGAAGUCGCUUUGGGGAUAACCUGAUAGGCGCGUUGAUAUUGCGUCUAGAGCGGAACCCACCGUCCCCUACAUUCAGUACUGCGGGGAAGAAGAAGGGGAGCGGGAAUAGUCGACAAGGGAAGACUGGUGGACAGGGGGUUAUACGGGCGUGGACGGUAGGUGUGAGGUUUAGAGGGAAAGGAGUGGGAACAGAGUUAUUGGAAGAGGCGGUUAAGUCAACAAGGGAGAAGUUAGGAGGCAGUGCAGAGGUGGGGUUUGCGAGGGAACACGCUAAUAGUAAGAUGGUUGUGCCGGAGAUAUUUAAUGGAGGGUUUAGGAAACGCGAAGCUAGGGCUGCGAGGGCCUUGGAAAAGGUUGUGGGGGAGUCUAGGAAGAGGUAG